AAUUGGCUAUAAUGCCACAGUAGAGGAGGAUCACAUACAUUUGGUGCCGGUUGCUUUUUAUUUUCUGGGUCUUUCUAACGAAACAAUGGGAGGUGGAGGCUGUGUCACUGCCCCUCAACCGAAGUUUGAAGUUCAGCAGAAGCAUCUCUCACGGGUUCCACACACAAAACCCCCAUUCACUGUUGGCCAACUCAAGAAAGCUAUUCCACCACAUUGCUUUGAGCGCUCUCUCCUUUAUUCAUUCUCCUAUGUGGUUUAUGACCUUUCACUGGCCUUCCUUCUCUACAUUGCCACUACUUACUUCCACCUACUUCCUCAUCCACUUUCCUUCAUUGCUUGGCCCAUAUAUUGGGUUCUCCAAGGUUGCAUUCUCACUGGGGUGUGGGUGAUUGCUCAUGAGUGUGGUCACCAUGCCUUCAGUAAGUACCAAUGGGUUGAUGAUUUGGUGGGUUUGAUCCUUCACUCUGCACUUCUAGUCCCAUAUUUCUCAUGGAAAAUCAGUCAUCGCCGCCACCACUCCAACACAGGUUCCCUUGACCGUGAUGAAGUGUUUGUUCCAAAACCAAAAUCCAAAGUAGGAUGGUUCAGUAAAUACAUAAACAACCCACCAGGGAGGGCUUUUACUCUUCUCAUCACACUCACACUAGGAUGGCCCUUGUACUUGGCCUUCAAUGUUUCUGGCAGACCCUAUGAUCGUUUUGCAAGCCACUAUCACCCUUAUGCUCCCAUAUACUCUGAUAGGGAAAGGCUUCAAAUUUAUGUUUCUGAUGCUGCUUUGUUUGCUGCAACUUAUUUGCUCUACCGUUUUGUAACUGUUAAAGGACUGGCUUUGCUGCUUUGUGUUUAUGGGGUGCCAUUGCUCAUUGUGAAUGGCUUUCUUGUGACCAUAACCUAUUUGCAGCAUACACACUCAUCUUUACCUCACUAUGACUCAUCAGAAUGGGACUGGCUGAAGGGAGCUUUGGCAACUGUGGACAGAGAUUAUGGGAUACUGAACAAGGUGUUUCAUCAUAUAACUGAUACUCAUGUGGCUCAUCAUAUCUUCUCCACAAUGCCACAUUACCAUGCAAUGGAGGCAACAAAAGCAAUGAAGCCCAUAUUGGGUGAGUAUUACCAAUUUGAUGACACCCCAUUUUACAAGGCAUUGUGGAGGGAAGCAAAAGAGUGCCUCUAUGUGGAACCGGACGAAGGAACACCUCAGAAGGGUGUUUAUUGGUACAGGAACAAGUUUUGAUGAAGAAAGCAUGGG